AAGAAAACAAAUGCGUUCGUCGUCUUUAUCUCCAUCAGAAAUAUCGACCAGUCUAACUUUCUCACAGCCCGAUACAGCCCAUCGCUCUCUUCAGUAUGAGCUCCACGGUAGCUGCAGAGCACCCUGUACCCGGCAAGGAAGAACCCGAAGUUGACGAAAAUGAGAUCGAGGAUGUAGAAGAGGAUCAUAACGGUGCCGCGAACGGAGACGCAAAGAAGAAAAAGAAAAAGAAGAAACCGAAAAAGAAAAAGAUAGAACAAAGCGACCCUCCUCGCAUUGGUCUCUCAAAGUUUUACCCUGACGGUAUCUAUCCCGAGGGUGAGCUCCAGCCAUAUAAGGAUGAUAACACCUGGAGAAUUACGUCCGAGGAGAAACGAUAUGAGGAGAGAAUGAUCAACGAAGAUCCGGAGGCAACGUAUCAAAAUAUUCGAAGGGCGGCACAAGUCCAUCGACUAGUCCGCAAUCAUGCUCGAAAAUAUAUUCGGCCCGGAAUGACUAUGACAGAAAUUGUCGAAAAUAUCGAGGACGGAACCCGGGCACUCGUGGAAGAGAAUGGACUUGAAUCUGGAGUUGGUUUCCCAACAGGCGUCAGCUUGAACAACUGCGCAGCUCAUUACACUCCCAAUGCUGGUGACACUCGAGUGCUUCAGCAAGGUGACGUCCUGAAAGUGGACUUUGGCGUACACGUGAAAGGACGGAUACUUGAUUCCGCCUUCACAAUGACCUUUGAUCAUACUUAUGAUAAGCUUCUCGAAGCUGUCAAGGCUGCCACUGACACUGGCGUCAGAGAAGCAGGCAUUGACGUUCGCCUCGGCGAGCUUGCAGGUGCCAUCCAGGAGACCAUGGAAUCUUAUGAGGUUGAAGUUGGAGGCAAGGUUUAUCCUGUUAAACCCAUCGAGAACUUGAGCGGUCACUCCAUCAACCCUUAUCAGAUCCAUGGAGGAAAAUCAGUCAUGCUAGUCAAGAAUGACGAUCAAACCAAGAUGGAAGAGGGCGAAUACUUUGCAAUCGAGACAUUUGGUUCUACGGGCCGUGGUCGGAUCAUCGAAAGUGGAGAUUGUUCUCAUUACGCGAGGGUGUACGAUGCGCCGCAUGUGCCAUUGAGGUUAACUUCUGCAAAGUCACUGUUGAAAUCGAUCAACAAGAAUUUCGGAACAUUACCGUUUUGUCGUCGCUACUUGGACCGCAUCGGCGAGAGUAAAUAUUUGUUGGCACUGAACCAUCUAGUAUCACAGGGUGUCGUGCAGGACUAUCCUCCGCUUUGUGAUCAACUUGGAUCCAUGACAGCACAAUUUGAGCAUACGAUCUUACUACGGCCAACUGUGAAGGAAGUCGUGAGCCGUGGAGAGGACUACUGAUGUGUGAUACAAGUAAAACAUACCGUUUCCUGUGCGUCACGUAUACGUACGAAUCGGAUCUGUCCAGAACACUUUUUUUCCUGCUGAUCGGAGCCUUUUUUUAAUGCUGAACAGUGAACACGCGCGUUGACAGAUGAUCAUAGUCCGAUU